UGCAGUGGUUAAGAGCAUGGCUUUUGAAGCUAGCCAGACUGAGGCCAGUCUUGGCCCUAUCACUGACUAGCUGUGUGCUUUUGGAUACGUUUUGGACUUUGUAGUUACCUCAGUUUGCGUAGCUUACAAAGUAGCAUGACUUGGCCAACAGGCUCUUUGAAAGCGUCAAUUCCACAACUAUCCUGCCAGACUUGGGCUGGGCGUUGCAGGAACAUCCUACAACAAGCCACGCGGGGCCUCUGGCCUCACAGAGGUUGCACCCCGGAGGGGUCGGACGAGGUGGCCGACAAGACUGCAGGUCCGGGAAACUCGUCCCGGUCCUCGGAAGCUGGCUGGCCUCGGCAGUGCGCGUGCGCGCAACUCUCUGCGACACUGCGUACAAGCCUUUUGCGGGGAGCCCGUUUCACCGAAUGUGCUUCAUGUCGCGGCGGCUGGGACGCCUGCCCUGAGGAAGGGCAGGGACGGGCUGGUAGGACGGCCCCAAGACCGCCGGGGGCCAGCCCGCGGGCAGGUUUCCGGUUCGGUGGGUCGGAGAUGACGGAGCCGGGCGCCUCUCCGGAGGACCCCUGGGUCAAGGUCGAGUAUGCGUACAGCGACAACAGCCUGGACCCCGGGCUUUUUGUAGAAAGCACCCGCAAGGGGAGUGUAGUGUCCAGAGCUAAUAGCAUCGGUUCCACCAGUGCCUCUUCUGUCCCCAACACAGAUGACGAGGACAGCGAUUACCACCAGGAAUCCUACAAGGAGUCUUACAAGGACCGGCGGCGGCGAGCACACACUCAGGCUGAGCAGAAGAGGAGGGAUGCCAUCAAGAGAGGCUAUGAUGACCUGCAGACCAUCGUUCCCACCUGUCAGCAGCAGGACUUCUCCAUUGGCUCCCAAAAGCUCAGCAAGGCCAUCGUUCUGCAGAAGACCAUUGACUACAUCCAGUUUUUGCACAAGGAGAAGAAAAAGCAGGAGGAGGAGGUAUCCACGCUACGCAAGGACGUCAUGGCCCUAAAGAUCAUGAAAGUGAACUACGAGCAGAUUGUGAAGGCACACCAGGACAACCCCCACGAGGGGGAGGACCAGGUCUCUGACCAGGUGAAGUUCAACGUGUUUCAAGGCAUCAUGGACUCCCUCUUCCAGUCCUUCAAUGCCUCUAUCUCCGUGGCAAGCUUCCAGGAGCUGUCGGCCUGUGUCUUCAGCUGGAUUGAGGAGCACUGUAAGCCUCAGACCCUACGGGAGAUUGUGAUUGGUGUUCUACAUCAAUUGAAGAACCAGCUUUACUGACCAGCUCUUGGAACCUGCAGAACAGCCAACAAGAGGCCUUGAGUCUCCUACUUGGCCGUGGAGCCACUGGGCUUAUGAGAUUGGACUGUGACACUGCACACCAGUCAGCUGCUUUCUCCUCAGUGUUUGGCUCCCCAGCUCCCCCCUCCCCCUCAGCCCCAUCUUCAGUGGGGCUGGGGAGGGGGGAAGGUUAUUAUGAAAGCUUUGAUUAAUUUAUUAUACUGACCAUAGAUCUCAAACCUACCUAGUCUUUCCCCCUCCCCAUGGAAGUCCUCGGGAUGGGGUCUGCUCUGGGAACCCUAGAAAGCUCCUGGCCUCUCCCUUUGUCUAGGCCUCAGGUUUCUGCUCCCGUUUGGUAACUACCGUUUGCCUGUUCUGGUCUCUCUGGCAACCUUUAGCCUGAGUCUGGCCACUUUGGCAGUAGUUGGAUGGGAAGGAAGGAGGAAGGGAAAACGCUCUCACAGCCAUGAAGGGUGAAAGGUGGCCUCAUGCCUAGGCUAGGGCUGCCUGGUCAGCCCAAGGUGAGGCCAGAGCUUUCUCUGGCCAGCUCAGGGCAGGGCUGCCAGGUUCCUGCCCUUGCCCCCUACUCUGGGUGGUGGAGGGAAGCAACCUCCUCACCUACUCCUGUCCUCUGUGUCCCCACAGGCAGUAGCACUGCACAGCAAAGUCAAAUGUGACACAACACUACAUAUUAAAUUUUUUAAUUUUUCUAAACACCAACAAUGCAAUUUUGCUAAAGUUACAAUUUUGGAAAACUGGUCUCAAGACCACUCCCAGGCUUUCUGUCAAGUGUAUCUGGGUCUCCACCAUCUCAGUGCUGCCUGCAUUUCUCCCAGGACUUAGGGUGGGGUGAAGGUGGGUAGAGAAGAUUUUCUAAAGGUCUCCUGGAGUGUAGAGCCCAGGAGAGUCCUGGGUGAGGCCCUGGGCUCCUUGAAUGCUAUGCAUAGUAGCCUCUCCCUCCCUUGUCCCCCAAGCUCUCUUUUGCCUUCCUCAGGUUUGAUAUCUGGGAGGUUUGAUUAUCCAGAGGAAAUUAAAUAUUUUUAUAUCAAAUUAUAUUACAAUAAAUAUUGCCAAAUGCU